GGGAAAAAAAAAGGAAGUAAAGAAUAUCAUUAAUAACAUGACGCAUCUCCCCUUAAACACCGUGGGAUUUAUUUUCCCCAAGUUGUAAACCAUAAUAGGAGCUGCAGUGAUGAAUAACCCAACGAUGUGGGAGACUUUUCACCGCAGCUUGACACAUUUUCCACACAUCUGACCCACAAAGAACUGACCACAUCGCCGCACCGAACGUAAGCGCCCUACAUUUGCAUUCAAUGUCUAAAAAUAAAAAAAAAUAAAAAAAAAAAAUUUUUUUUAGCUGUUCAGGAAGAAGUGUAAAAAAAAACAAAAUAAAAAAAAAAUAAAACCUGUUGUUGAUGUGCGCCUGUGCAACAGGGAUACAGUCGGUGGUGCGUGCGGGGGUGGGUGUGUGUGUGUGUGUGAGUGAGUGAGGUGUGUAACAUCCUCACCAGUCUUUUUUCCUUCGUCAAAAAAAAUCCUCUCACAACGUGACAUCACUGGACUUUCCCCACCAAUCGGUGAGAGGCUCUUUUAAAAGAGCCGGACUGUGAGGGAUCAUUCAGCAAACCAGAGAGUUGGAAGUCGAAGAAGAAACAGAUACAGAUAAUCGGGUUGAAAAAGAUCAUUUGAAAAGAAAAUAAUAAUAAUAAUAAUAAAAUAAAAAUGGAUAGUGAAUGCAGAGUACAGCUGGAUGUUACUGACCGAGACGGAGAAGUGAGAGAAGAACCGACGCCGGGCGUUCAGGCCCGCUCGAAGCUCACCAAAGCCGUGCUGGUGUUGACCGUCUGCCUCGCCGCCGCCGCCGCUCUACUCCUGGUCUUUUACAGGCAACAUAAUAGCUCACCUCAAGAAGAAGACAGUUUCGAGCUUCAUCACACCCUAAGGCAGAUGUCACAUGUGAGAGCGGCCAUUCAUUUACAAGGCGUCCACAACCCCAAAAUGACCAACUCGGUGGAAUGGCAGGACGAGGUGGAACAGACGCACUCCCAGGGAGGGCUGAAGCUGGACAACAACGAGGUGGUCAUCCCCCACCACGGCCUGUACUUCGUUUACAGCCAGGUGUCGUUCCAGGUCAGCUGCGGCGACGCCGACGUCGGCGCCGUGUCGAGUCCCCAGGUUCACCUGAGUCACACCGUGCAGCGCUGGUCGAGCUCGUUCGGAAGCGACAAGGUCAAGUCCUACCGGACUAUUCUGCACUCCGCUCGCACCGUCUGCCAGAAGACGGCGAGCGCCGACAGCGCCGACGAGGGGAGCUCUUUCGCCGCCGUCUACAUGGGAGCCGUGUUCAACCUUUUGAAAGGGGACAGACUGAGGACAGUGAUGGAGGAGAAUAUGCUCCCUUUUCUGGAAGACGACCCCGGGAAGAGUUUCUUCGGCGUGUUCGCCUUGUGAGGCUAGCGAGUGACGACGAUAUAUAUGUAUAUAUAUAUAUCGCUGCUGCUAAAUGAACAUUCACUGAUGUGAUGUGCGUAAACGUCCACUAAAGAGUCAGUCAAAUGUCCGGCGAGCAAAUGUAAGCUAAGGCUCUAAAGCUAAAUGCCGUAUUUAUUUAUUUUAUUUUUUUUACUACUCUGCUGGUUUGACUUUUAGUUUACACACUGUAUACUCUAGGGGGCGCAGUACCUCGAUCAAUGAAAUGUUAUUUAUUUUUUUUUUUUUUUUAAAAAUGCAAUGACAUAUUUAUUUAUUUGUUUAUUUAUUAACUAAUUUAUUUGUCCAGUGGCUAUUUAUAAUAUAUUGUUACGAUGACUCGUGUUCAACUGACCCGAGAGAUUAAAAAUGUGGAAGAGAA